CUAGGCUGUCGAAUACAAGAAGAAGAAGAAGAAGAAGCCAGCUGAACUGUGCUCUUCCAGGUCGAGCCGAAUCUGCAACAAACUACCGAGAUGGGACCGAAAGUGACUCUUGCGACUUGCUCGGUGAAUCAGUGGGCUUUGGACUUUGAAGGCAAUUUGGAGAGAAUACUGAAGAGUAUUGAGAUUGCUAAGGCUCAUGGAGCCAAAUACAGACUGGGCCCAGAGCUGGAGAUAUGCGGGUAUGGCUGUGCAGACCACUUCUAUGAGUCGGACAUGUUGCUCCACAGCUUUCAGGUCCUGAGGAAGCUUCUGGAAUCUCCGAUCACCCAGGACAUCAUCUGUGACGUAGGAAUGCCCAUCAUGCAUCAUAAUGUGCGCUACAACUGUCGGGUCCUGUUCCUCAACAGAAAGAUACUGCUGAUCAGACCUAAAAUGCUGAUGGCCAACUACGGGAACUACAGAGAGAUGCACUGGUUCUCUCCUUGGAACCAGUUACGGCAAGUGGAGGAGUAUUUCUUGCCCAGAAUGAUCCAGGAGGUAACAGGGCAGGAUACAGUCCCAUUUGGUUACUGUGUGCUGUCCACAAAGGACACCUGUAUUGGAAGUGAGAUAUGUGCCGAGCUCUGGAACCCCAGAAGCCCCCAUAUUCAGAUGGGUCUGGACGGGGUUGAGAUCUUCACUAAUUCGUCUGCUAGCCACCACGAGCUCCGCAAAGCUGAUGAAAGAGUCAACCUGGUAAAGUCAGCCACCACAAAGAGUGGAGGUAUCUACCUGUAUUCCAACCAGAGGGGCUGUGAUGGAGACCGGAUCUACUAUGACGGCUGUGCCAUGGUGGCCAUCAACGGAGACAUUGUGGCACAAGGUGCACAGUUCUCCCUUGAUGAUGUGGAAGUGAUUACAGCCACUCUUGACCUUGAGGAUGUGCGGAGCUACAGAGGAGAAAUAUGCCAGCCAAACAUGGUGAGAGACACCAGCUUCCAACCUUCAAAAUUCCUCAUAUCAAGAGCAGAGCCUAUUGCUUUUUCUAUUGCUUUUGCUUAUUAUUGCCUGCCAUCACCUCUAAAGCUCACAAAUUACCUGGUCAAAUUUUUUUGUUUAUCCAAUACUUUGGUUUGGGUCAAAAUAGCUGAAAAACUGAUUCCUAUCAGCCUCAGCUGUACUCUAACUGUAGUAUGUACCAUUGGUAAUCUCCCAUCCAUAUAUCCAUCGUCAACCGCUUAUCCUGUGUACAGGGUCGCGGGGCCAUUG